AUCUGUGUGUGUGUGUGUGUAAAGGGAGGGGGGAUUAACCGGAUUUAAUACGUGUCAAAAGGAUGGUGGGACAGUCGCCUUGUGACUUUUAUUGUACCGCCGAAUGCCAUCACGAGCGAUGAAAGAAGAAUCUAUUUCAUUGUCGUGCCCUGCCGCCCCGCUUCCGCCUCCGCGCCAGUCGUCACAUUUUUCGGUCAGGUCAGGUUGUUGGAGCUCCAUCCAAGCGGGCUACCCACGGGAUGGUUACCCGGUAUAGUGAGCUCGUUUGUGGUGGUUCUUGGUCGGAGAGUGUGUGAGUGUGGGAAGACUCUCUCACGGUGUAUGUGUGGCAACAACAUGUCUGUGCCGCUGCUCGCCGAUGCUGUGAUGGUGUCCGGGAAGGAGAAGGAGACCGCGGCAGUGAUUUUCCUUCAUGGAUUGGGAGACACAGGGCACGGUUGGGCCGACACCCUGACGGGCAUCCAGCUGCCUCACGUCAAGUUCAUCUGCCCUCAUGCGCCAAAGAUCCCGGUCACCCUCAACAUGAACGUCAUGAUGCCCGCCUGGUUUGACCUCAUGGGCCUCAGCCCCGAAACCCCCGAGGACGAAUCCGGAAUCAAAAAAGCGGCUGAUCACAUUAAAGCCAUCAUCGAACACGAGGCCAAAAACGGCAUCCCUCCCAACCGCAUCAUGCUCGGCGGCUUCUCUCAGGGUGGGGCCUUGUCCUUGUACACUGCCUUGACCUGCCAGCACCAGUUGGCCGGCGUGGUUGCCCUCAGCUGCUGGCUGCCGCUUCACAAGAGUUUCCCUUUGGCGUCAAGCGGCAACAAGAACCUGCCCAUCCUGCAGUGCCACGGCGAGAAGGACGAAAUGAUCCCCGUGCAGUUUGGUGCCAUGACGGCAGAGAAGCUUAAAUACAUUGUCAACCCGCAAAUGAUUACCUUCAAAACCUACCCAGGGGUCCCUCACUCGUCCUGCACUCAGGAAAUGCUGGCAGUAAAGGAGUUCAUUGAGAAGCACUUGCCUCGAAUCUGACCUCACCUGAUCCCUGCUGUGACUCCUCCUCGUGCCCCCACUCGUGACACUGACCUCUCAACCCCGACACCACCCCAAUUUGUCAUUGCCCAAACAGGAAACAGCCAUGAGCACCCUUUCUUCCUUCCAUAUGCGUGCAAAUUGGGAUUUUAAAAACAAAAAAUAUUUCUGUUGUCGUCCUGGCAAUUCAUAGCCUCAAGAGGGAGAAGAUCAACUUACACGCAACAUUCCUGUAGAUUUUUUUUUUUUUUUUUUUUGUCGUUUCAAGUAAUUUCAUGUGUCCGGUUGCAACAUGUUUUCCCUUUUGUUUUGCUGUCCACUUGUCACCCUCCAGGGCACCAUGUUCACCCUCAUUUCAAGUAUUUUUUUUUUUGUCACCACAAAAAACACAAGAGAAGAACCCAUGUUGAAAAUGCUUAUCAUUGCAAAUAAAGUCGAUCUCCCUCCUUUGGCAACUUAACUGUCUAGGCCAUUCAUCAAGCUCAAAGGUCUGACUUGUAACAUUUUCAGAAAGUGGCAAUACACUGGGAGGGCUCUGGUAAGAAACAUAACUGAAGAGUGAUUUUGCAAAUUACAAAUGAAAGUUAACCCUCAACAACUUGAUCCUUGGACAAUGAAGUGUUGCUCCGAUGAGUCACGUGUGAGUAAAAAAAAAAAUCUACGUCUGUCAGGUGUUCUAUGGUUUUUCCAUUUCUGUGAAUGUUAUUUUUCUCUGUUCUUAUUUUGGCACUCUUGUUUAGAAAAGCUUGGGUGAAAAGGAGGACAGACAUCAGCUUUGAUUGUUGUUGACAAAUCAAUGAAUGUCUCGUGUCACACGAUAACAGUUGCUUUUCGUCCUCUUCUGCUGCCUCACUUUAUUUUUUUAAUUCGAUGUGUGACAGAGUUGCACAUUCUCAUGUGAUUUGUCCUGGGUUUAAAUUUUUACAUGUUUUUGUGUAACAACUUUUUUUGUUUUUUUGCCACUGUUGUCAUCUCAUCCUUUUAUGGUGUUAUGUGUGUAAUGAUGGCCACUCGGUAACAUGAGACUGGUGGUCUCUUUUUGUUUCCAAGCACCUGUAUGCAGAAUAAAUGACAAGAAAAACA